CUGCUCCGGACAACGGGCCCCGAGGUGGCUCCGGCGUGCGGAUGGGGCAGCGCCAGGUUCGCCCCGAAGGCAGGGGACCUCGGCAGCGACGCGGCGAAGGCCGUCCCGAUCCCGGUGCAGGCGUCGCCGUUCGUGAUGGAGCGCGUCGCGCUCGGGGCGCGGCAGGCCGCGGAGGUCAGCUCAAGUACUGGGUCCAUGCCCCACGCGCUCGUCACGGCAGUGAAGAUGGCGCUCAGCGAGCUGUUCAUGAGCGCGUACGACGCGGAGCCCUUGGACCUCGAGGCGAUCAAGCGAACGGGCAUGUCGCACUUGCUGCAGUUUCUCUUCGACCUCCGAUUUCUGCGCAUCGCACUGGCAGCAGGACCCGCUCCAGGCCCUGAGUUGAUGGACUGGGCAAGGAGAAGCAAGAGAGGAGGACGACAACAGACAGCACGUCGUGCCACGAUGUGCUGA